UUGGUGACGUUUUACAACCGACUCGAAAGGUCUCCUAUGCUGAGGCCUAGCUACCGAGUUUUGUUCCUCGGACUAUUCUUUUUUUACUUGUUCGUUUAUUUAAACCCGUUUUCAGCGGGCCUUUUCCUUAUGACGGUUUUUUGCCAGGGAAAAGCAGCGGGGUUUUCGGCGCAGUCGCUUGUCUUGAAAGUAAAGUAAAUUAAAUCCUAAUCGAGGAUCCGGAGUGAGGAAACAAGGCUUGGGGGAAAGAUGACAUCUCGGAGGUGGUUUCACCCCAACAUCACCGGCGUGGAGGCUGAGAACCUUCUGCUGACGCGCGGCGUGGACGGGAGCUUCCUGGCUCGACCGAGCAAAAGCAACCCGGGCGAUUUCACCCUCUCUGUCAGGCGAAAUGGAGCAGUCACCCACAUUAAGAUCCAGAACACGGGGGAUUACUACGACCUGUAUGGAGGAGAGAAAUUUGCCACAUUGGCUGAGCUGGUGCAGUUUUACAUGGAGCACCAUGGGCAGCUAAAGGAGAAGAACGGUGACGUGAUCGAGCUGAAGUACCCGCUCAACUGCGCUGACCCGACGUCAGAGAGGUGGUUUCACGGUCACCUUUCGGGCCGUGAAGCCGAGAAGCUGCUGACGGAGAAAGGCAAGAACGGCAGCUUCCUGGUGAGAGAGAGCCAGAGUCAUCCUGGGGAUUUUGUGCUCUCGGUACGAACCGGCGACGACAAAACUGACAGCACCGAUAGCAAACCCAAAGUCACCCAUGUCAUGAUUCGUUGCCAGCAUGAUAUGAAGUAUGAUGUUGGUGGAGGGGAGAAGUUUGACUCCCUGACAGACCUGGUGGAACACUACAAGAAAAACCCCAUGGUGGAAACACUGGGCACUGUGCUUCAGCUCAAACAGCCUCUCAACACGACACGCAUUAACGCAGCCGAGAUCGAGAGCAGAGUGCGGGAGCUCAGCAAGCCGGCCGAGGCCACUGAUAAGGUCAAACAGGGCUUCUGGGAAGAGUUCGAGACACUUCAACAGCAGGAGUGCAAGCUGCUGUACAGUCGCAAAGAGGGCCAGCGUGUCGAGAACAAGAACAAGAACAGAUACAAAAACAUCCUUCCCUUCGACCACACGCGAGUGAUCCUCAAGGACGGCGACCCGAACGAGCCAGGCUCUGAUUACAUCAACGCUAACAUUAUCAUGCCGGAGUUAGAGUCGAAGUGCAACAACGCCAGGUUAAAGAAGAGCUACAUCGCCACCCAGGGAUGCCUGCAGAGCACGAUAAGCGACUUCUGGAGGAUGGUGUUUCAGGAAAACUCUCGUGUCAUCGUUAUGACGACUAAAGAGGUUGAGAGGAGCAAGAGCAAGUGUGUGAAGUACUGGCCGGACGUGUCGGCGCUGAAGGAAUACGGUGCCAUGCGCGUGCGCAACGUCAAGGAGACGUCAGCCCAUGAUUACAUCCUGCGAGAGCUGAAGCUUUCGAAAGUCGGACAGGGAAACACAGAGCGCACUGUAUGGCAGUACCAUUUCCGUGCCUGGCCCGAUCAUGGCGUGCCCACUGAUCCCGGUGGUGUACUGGACUUCCUGGAGGAGGUCAAACUGAAGCAAGAGGGCAUUUUGGAGGCUGGCCCCAUUGUGGUGCACUGCAGUGCGGGGAUUGGACGGACUGGGACCUUUAUUGUGAUUGACAUCUUAAUAGACAUCAUUAGAGAAAAAGGAGUGGACUGCGAUAUUGAUGUGCCCAAGACGAUCCAGAUGGUGCGGUCACAGCGCUCAGGAAUGGUGCAGACUGAAGCCCAAUACCGCUUCAUCUACAUGGCAGUUCAGCAUUACAUAGAGACACUGCAGCGCCGCAUAGAGGAGGAGCAGAAAAGCAAAAUCAAAGGACGAGAGUACACCAAUAUUAAGUACUCGCUGACUGAUUUGAGCGGAGGAGACCAGAGCCCGCUUCCACCCUGCACCCCUACGCCAACCUGUGCCGAUAUGCGGGAGGACCGCUCCAGAGUGUAUGAGAAUGUGGGUCUGAUGCAGCAGCAGAAGAGUUACAGAUGAGGCUCCGACUACAGCACUGUCCAACUCACAGCAACCAUUUUUCCUUAUCGCCAGCCGCACCCGAAUGCCUGAAAUGUGAUCAUCGCUACAUGGAAAGAUGAAAAAUAAAUUGUAUGAAAAUGAAUUUAAAAAAGAAAAAAAAUCAAACUGAGACCAGUCUGUGAGGGAGAGAUGUGGAUGGAGUAAAUUCCUUUCUCCUCCCUGCAAAGCAGCCUUUUCCCUCCUCCCCCCCCAUGCUAAGAAACCACUGUGAACAUCAUGAAGCCUUACUCGUGACGAUGGAGAUGUGCGAGAGAGAGAGAGAGAGAGAGAAAGAGAAAGAGAGAGAGCCCCUGCGUAAACGAACUGAUCCGCUGUGGAGUUCUCUGCAAUCCAUUCAGGCUGCAAUUAGCAAAAUGUAGAAAAGAGCUUUUGCUGUCUUGUCCUCGUUUUUCAGUGUCGUUUUUUAAAUUUUUUUAUUAUUUUUUUUUUUAACCAAAGCAAGAUUAUAUUAUAAUUAUUCAAAGAAUUAUGGUAUUCUGUACGUACGUGAAAAGGCAUGUGCUUGACACACAGCCUUAACCAGUCAUCAUACAUAGUGUGUUGAUUCUCAUUGAGAUUUGGGCACGAGGUAAAAGUUUUAAAGGGAAAUUCUUCCUCAGAGCCUUACAUGAUCUGUGUAUUUAAAAAAAAAAAAAAAAAAAAAAAAAUCCAUCAAAGGUAUAGCUGUGUCCCACUUUAAUUCGUCCUACUUACAGUGUAGCGCUUACUUUUAAGGGGAAAACGAGGUAAAGCCUACUCUUUUGGGAGACUCAAUCCAAAAUCCAGCACAUCUCAUUUGUUUCUUGACCCGUGGAUUUCUAGGAUUGGAUAUUUUUAAACAGCCCCAUCCUGGUUGUGUCAGAGUUACUGAAUCAUUGUUGGUUGAACUUUUUAUCGUUUGUCAAUUUCUUUCUUUUUUUAAAAAAACAAACAAACAAAAAAACGACGUGCCUUUUUUUUGUUUGCCUUUUUUUUUUUUUUUUUUUUUAAAUUGCCUGUUCUGUAUGUAUGUAUGAGCACCAUAAGAACUUAAUUUGCGAGUCCUCAUUGAAAACGUGAGCGCAUGUUCCGAGGCUUUUGAGGUCCUCUCUGAUGAAAAAUCCUCGGCACUUUUUCUUUUUGGAUGGGAAAGUUUCUAUAUGCAGUCGUCUGCUUACAAUAUGUAUUCUUACAGGUAUGUCUGUCAUUGUUCUAUUUUUAAAUGUUAGUUCCAGCAGACCAUCUGUUACCGUCUUUAGUUCUUCGACUAAACCAAACCCUUCUCCAGAUCUGUCUGGAUUUAUACGUCAUCGACAGUAUUUCUUGUUUUAAAAUGAAAUUCCCAUGAUUUUUGUUAUUUAAUGGAUUGUUCCACUCACACGGUUUUAACGCGUUUCUUUCAUCUUUCUGCCCCGUUCAUUUCAAAAAUGAUGACGCGUGUCUCUUACCCAGCCCCCGACCACUGCUCUCAUCACUUUUAUAUUUUUUUUAACUAGUUCUCUUCAGACACUUACAGACUGAAUGUAAUUCUGCCAUUUGGAUUAUAUUCGUAACUACAAUACUAAUCUUUUCUAUUAAUACCUUCACAUGGCCUUAUAGGAAGCUAAGUGUUCGAUUGUGUUCUGGCAGGUGAUGAUCGCCCAAAUGUUCAGGGCUCGUAAUCAGUAAACUGUUCUGCGUCCAUUUAUUGUACUGUAGCGUGUGUGUGUGUGUGUGUGUGUGUGUGUGUGUGUGUCUUCCUGUGGUUUGUGUAUGGUGUUGUAUGCAAGUGUGAUAGGGUCAUGUGUUUCCUGAGAAACUGCUGAUAAGCUUUCAGCUCCUUGAUGCCUAAUUUUCUUUUAUUAUUUUUUUUAAAAAUGUAAAAAAAAAAAAAAAAAAAAAAACUUUUUUGGUCCCAUGCACACUUUUAUGGUCUUUUCAUUUAGUUUCAUCUGUGCACUUACUAAUGUCUUUGGGUACACGCGCACAUCGACACUUGUCUUUGAGAAGCUCCAUGUCUAGUUCCAGUGCUUUUAAGAUUCAUCACUAUAAAAAAAAGUCCACCUCAGAGCCCCAGAACAUGGUAAUGUGAAUUGUUUUGUUUUUUUGUUUUUUUUUCCAUCCUGAAGAGAGAAAAUGGGAAAUUUAAUUCAAUGCAAACAAACUAUAUUUUUGAACUUGUAUAUUGUACAUGAAUCUUGUAGAGGAGAAUGUACUUACUAAACAUAUCUAAAUGCCAAUAAAAUAUACUGUAUGUUUAAUCCAGCAACUUUUCUCAUGGCAGAAUGUGAGCCCUGCCCAAGCUAAUAAAGGUUAUUGUGUUGUCUGGCUAUCAAUGCAAUUAACCGUUUAUCAGUUUGUCUAUAACAAUAAACAAGCUCAUAUCUUGGG